AGGCGCAGUAGUGGGCAGUGCUCAAGGACCAGGCACCAAUCACUGGACACUGGGCAUCGAAGAAUGUGUUGAGCGAAUAUUAGUGAUGCUAAAUACCGCUAAAGAAAAGGCUGGUAUUCCCCAAAACCAGCCUUUAGAUGCUUUGGGACUCACAUUGUCGGGAUGCGAGCAGGAGAGCAGUAAUUCAGAGCUGGCUGCCAGUGUGCUAGCAAAGGAUCCCAAUGCUGCAUAUGAUGUCUACGUGGCUUCGGAUACCGCUGGUUCCUUGGUCACGGGAGCGCCUGAUGGUGGAAUGGUGUUAAUUGCUGGUACUGGGUCCAACGCUCUUCUGAGGACCUGUGGUGGUGAACAAAUUGGAUGUGGCGGUUGGGGAUACCUUCUAGGAGACGAAGGCGGCGCAUACUGGAUAGCCUACAAAGCGGUGAAGGCGAUCUUUGACCAUAUAGACGGCUUGAAUCCUACGCCGCUCCCAAUUGACAGGGUCUGGGAGGCUAUUAGGGAACAUUUUGGCGCUGACACCAGAGCUGAUCUACUACCACAUGUUUAUAAAGACUUCGACAAGUCUAAGUUUGCUGGUCUAACAUUAAAACUAGCAGAACUAGCUAAACAAGAGGACAGCCUCGCCUGUCACCUUUUCGACUGCGCCGGCGAAGCACUAGCUUGUCACGUGCGCUCGCUCGCAUCAAAAGCAAGAACAAGGAAACUACGCGUCGUAUGCGUUGGCUCUGUAUGGAAAAGCUGGGAUUUACUCAAGACAAGUUUUUUGAAAAAGCUGAGGGAUAGCGAUGUUGCAACAACAUUAGAAUUUGUGAGACUUCGGGUUUCAAGCGCUAUGGGAGCAGCAUGGUUGGCAGCCAAACACGUAAACUACGAACUACCUAGAGACGACGAAGCUUUCUGCUCAGUCUUCUACACUUACUACCGUGAUAGAAAUCGUAACGAAUUCGAGGAUGAAGUAAGAGGUUAUAAUGAAAAUCGGAAUAUAGACGAACCUUCUAAUGAAGGUUUUACAGACUAUGAUCUUCUAAACGAUUUUAUAGAAGGUAAAGAUAAAAACAUUGAGCUUGUAGACGGUGUUCUUGUACGCCGUGAUGUUGUAAACGGUCAGGGUGUAAACGGUCAUGCUGCAAACGGUCAGGGUGUAAACGGUCAUGCUGCAAACGGUCAUGCUGUAAACGGUCAGGGUGUAAACGGUCAUGCUGUAAAUGGUCAGGGUGUAAACGGUCAUGCUGUAAAUGGGUCAUCGACCUUCAAUGAAUUGAGAGAUUUUUCAUUAAUGAAUAUAAACCACUGUGACUGUUGUAUUGAGUUGACAGUUUCACUAUCAACAAUGAAUAUUUCGAGAUUUUCUCGUUUAAUACAAAUAAAACCUGUUAAAAACAUUAGUUAUAGAUGUUCAAGCCGUGCAUUAGAAUAUUUUAAUAGCAAUAACAAUAGGAAUGGUGCUAAGAGCAGUUAUUACAGUGGAAUUUUGGCGGUCGCGGCCGGGGUGAUAGGUUAUAUCAGUUUAAAGAAUAAAUUACUAGCUGCGACUGUGAUAAACAAUGAUUUAAAGGGUAGAAGAGAGAAGUUUAACUUUAUAGCUGAUGUGGUGGCUGUGUCAGCGCCGUCAGUCGUGUAUAUAGAGAUAAAAGAUGGUAGAAGAUUGGAUCUGUUUUCCGGUCAGCCUGUGACGUUAUCCAAUGGUUCUGGGUUCAUUGUGAAGGAAGACGGCCUUAUAUUAACGAAUGCCCACGUUGUGGUAAACAAGCCUAAUGCUAUAGUUAACGUGCGGUUAUUUGAUGGAUCCAUUCACACUGGUUUUGUAGAGGAUGUAGACUUGAAGUCAGAUCUCGCAACUCUUCGGAUACCGGUGAAAGGCUUACCUGUAAUGAAAUUAGGGUCAUCAGCAGACAUCCAGCCUGGAGAGUGGGUAGUGGCGAUGGGCAGUCCUUUAGCUCUUAGUAACACAGUCACCGCUGGUGUAGUCAGUUCUACUCAAAGAGCUAGUGAAGAACUAGGAUUAAGAGGCAAAGACAUGGUGUACAUACAGACAGAUGCCCCAAUCACGUUUGGCAACAGUGGAGGUCCGUUAGUAAACUUGGAUGGAGAGGCGAUAGGCAUAAACAGUAUGAAAGUUACAUCGGGCAUAUCCUUCGCUAUACCCAUAGACUAUGUCAAGGAGUUCUUAGCUAAGAGGACAACGAAGUCGCCACAAGUGUCGAGACGGUACCUCGGCAUCACUAUGCUGUCGCUAACGCCUAAUAUACUCAUGGAACUACGAAUGAGGAAUCCUGAGAUGCCGACUGACAUUGAACAUGGAAUCCUCGUGUGGAAAGUUAUCAUUGGAUCACCUGCUUACAAUGGAGGCCUUCAACCAGGAGACAUAGUGACCAGUAUAAACGACAAGCCAGUGCGGACAGCUAGCGACAUCUACCUGAUUUUAGAGAACACUAGCGGGAGUUUGCGCAUAGAAGUCGUUAGAGGGCGCCAGCGGGUGGCACUCACAGUCUCGCCCGAAACUCACUGAUGAACAGAGUACGAAUCUACGCGGAAUGUAGAAGUAAAAAAAAUAGAUUUGUAUUAAUUUUUGUCGUCAGAAAAAUAAAGUCAAAAUAGAAUGAAUGAUAGUUCUAAAGGUCUUGUAUGAGUAAAUUGUGUGAUUCAAUUGUUUUGUAUAUUUUUGUCAUCCUUUUUAAAAGUGUUGUUCUCUGAACUCUUGUAAAUAAUUAUUUUAUAUUCAUAAUGCGCCUCGAUAUGUUGUCGUAAUUUUAUGUUCCAGAGGUAGUUUUUUUGUGGCCAUCAUAUCCUUGCCUUAUGAAUAUCAGGCAUGAUAUAAUUACAUUAAAUAUUUGGAUAUAAAUUAUUUCGUAACCAUUUUUUCGAGUAAUAGAAAUUGUUUAUUGUUAAAUGUGGUUAAUUUAUUUAAACUUUAUUAUUUCACUAAUUCAUUAGCUGCAAGUUUAACAUUGUUCUUCAUUUUUCUUGUGCUAUGUUGCGUAUUGUUCAACAGUUCAAAACGCCAUUUUCGCGAUAGCAAUGAAGGUUUUCGUUUUUGCCCUCUUUAUAUGGCGCUAGUGAAGCUUAAGGUGCUAUUUGUCUAAUCACCUUAGCUGUCACAAAUAUUCUAUGGGCCAAUAGACCGUAAGUUAUACUAGCGAACGCCUCUUGUAGUGUGAAAACAAUCAUUUAUACUUUUUGCAAUAACAUUUGUAUAAAUAUCGACGACGAUUAAGCUAUAGAAACUUAUUUAUGUAUUUAAUUAAAGGAAAUGUUUUUUCAUUUCAUUCGAACGGAUAAAAAGUUAAUUUAAAUGAAG